CGCGGUGUCCCCGCGGUGUCCCCGCGGCACCGACCCGUGCCCGUCCCGCAGGCGAGCAGGACGAGUCCCUGUGCCGCGGCUUCAUCUCGCAGCUGAAGGACCUGCGGCUGCAGCUGGAGAGCUGCGAGAGCCGCACGGUGCAGCGCCUGCGGCGGCCGCUGGGGCGGCGGCCGCUGGAGGGCGACGCGCUGCGCCAGUGCGCCCAGCGCCAGGCCGAGCAGCAGGAGACGCACCUGGAGCUGGAGGGCAUCCAGCAGGACCUGGGCAAGGUCAGCCAGCAGUCGGAGCAGGUGCUGGCGCAGCCGGAGCCGGCGGGCUCGGCGCCCGUGCUGCGCUCCGAGCUGGAGGUGACGCUGCGCAGGAUGGAGCAGGUGUACAGCCUGUCCAGCAUCUACCUGGAGAAGCUGAAGACCAUCGGGCUGGUGAUCCGCAGCACGCAGGGCGCCGAGGAGCUGCUGCGCAAGUACGAGGAGCAGCUGAAGGACGUGCAGGCGGUGCCGGCCCACCUGGCCGAGCUGGAGGCCAGCAAGGCCGAGCUGAAGCGGCUGCGGGCCGAGGCCGAGGGCCAGCAGCCCUUCUUCAGCACGCUGGAGACCGACCUGGGCAAGGCCAAGGACGUCAACGAGCGCAUGGUGCGCGGGCACAGCGAGCGCGACGUGGACCUGGAGCGGUACCGGGAGCGCGUGCAGGCGCUGCUGGAGCGCUGGCAGGCCGUGCUGGCCCAGGCCGACCUGCGGCAGCGCGAGCUGGACCAGCUGGGCCGCCAGCUGGGCUACUACCGGCAGAGCUGCGACGCGCUGCGCCAGUGGAUCCGCGACGCCCGGCAGCGCCAGGAGGGCAUCCAGGCCGUGCCCAUCACCGACAGCCAGGCCGUGCGCCAGCAGCUGCUGCAGGAGAAGAAACUGCUGGAGGAGUGUGAGCAGCACAAGGAGCAGGUGGAGGAGUGCCAGCGCUACGCCAAGCAGUACAUCGACGCCAUCAAGGACUACGAGCUGCAGCUGGUGAGCUUCAAGGCACAGGUGGAGCCGGUGGCAUCGCCGGCCAAGAAGCCCAAGGUGCAGUCGGCGUCGGACAGCAUCAUCCAGGAGUACGUGGACCUGCGGACGCAGUUCAGCGAGCUGACCACGCUCACCACCCAGUACAUCAAGUUCAUCACCGAGACGCUGCGGCGGCUGGAGGACGAGGAGAAAGCCGCCGAGAAGCUGAAAGAGGAGGAGAGGAAGCGGCUGGCGGAGGUGGAGGCGCAGCUGGAGAAGCAGCGGCAGCUGGCCGAGGCCCACGCCAAAGCCAAGGCGCAGGCGGAGGCGGAGGCGAGGGAGCUGCAGCUCCGCAUGCAGGAGGAGGUCACCCGGCGGGAGGUGGUGGCCGUGGAUGCCGAGCAGCAGAAGCAGAACAUCCAGCAGGAGCUGAUGCAGCUGCGGCAGAACUCGGACCACCAGAUCAAGGCCAAGGUGAAGCUGAUCGAGGAGGCUGAGUACAACCGCAAGAAAGUGGAGGAGGAGAUCCGCCUCAUCCGCCUGCAGCUGGAGAGCACCGAGAGGCAGCGGGAGGGCGCGGAGACGGAGCUGCAGGAGCUGCGGGCGCGCGCCGAGGAGGCCGAGCGGCAGAAGCGGCAGGCGCAGGAGGAGGCCGAGCGCCUGCGCCGGCAGGUGAAGGAGGAGAGCCAGAAGAAGCGGGAGGCGGAGGAGGAGCUGAAGCGCAAGGUGCAGGCCGAGCGCGAAGCGGCGCGGGAGAAGCAGAAGGCGGUGGCGGACCUGGAGCAGCUGCGGCUGCAGGCGGAGGAGGCCGAGCGACGCAUGCGGCAGGCGGAGGCUGAGAAGGACCGGCAGAUCCAGGUGGCCCAGGAGGUGGCCCAGCGCAGCGCCGAGGCCGAGCUGCAGAGCAAGAGGCUCUCCUUCGCCGAGAAGACGGCGCAGCUGGAGCUGUCGCUGCAGCAGGAGCACGAUGUGGUGGCCCAGCUGCAGGAGGAGGCCGAGCGGCUGAAGAAGCAGCAGCUGGAGGCGGAGCGCUCGCGGGAGGAGGAUGAGAAGGAGCUGGAGCGCUGGCGGCAGAAGGCCAACGAGGCGCUGCGCCUGCGCUUGCAGGCCGAAGAGGUGGCCCACAAGAAGUCGCUGGCGCAGGAGGAGGCCGAGAAGCAGAAGGAGGACGCGGAGCGCGAGGCCCGCAAGCGCGCCAAGGCGGAGGAGGCGGCCCUGCGGCAGAAGGAGCUGGCGGAGGAAGAGCUGGAAAAGCAGCGGGAGCUGGCAGAGGGCACGGCCCAGCAGAAGCUGGCGGCGGAGCAGGAGCUGAUCCGGCUGAAGGCAGAGAUGGAGAACGGGGAGCAGCAGCGCCUGCUCCUGGAGGAAGAGCUCUCGCGGCUGAAGGGCGAGGUAAACGAGGCCAUCCAGAGGAGAAAAGAGCUGGAGGAGGAGCUGGCCAAGCUGCGGGCAGAGAUGGAGAUCCUGCUGGAGAGCAAGGCCAAGACAGAGGAGGAGUCGCGCUCCAGCAGCGAGAAGUCCAAGCAGCGGCUGGAGGCGGAGGCCAACAAGCUGCGGGAGCUGGCCGAGGAGGCCGCCCGCCUGCGCGCCCUCUCCGAGGAGGCCAAGCGGCAGCGGCAGCUGGGGGGGGGCGAGGCCAGCCGGCAACGGGCCGAGGCCGAGCGCAUCCUGAAGGAGAAGCUGGCGGCCAUCAACGAGGCCUCGCGGCUGAAGGCGGAGGCGGAGAUCGCGCUGAAGGAGAAGGAGGCCGAGAACGAGCGGCUGCGGCGGCUGGCCGAGGACGAGGCCUACCAGCGCAAGCUGCUGGAGGAGCAGGCGGCCCAACACAAGCAGGACAUCGAGGAGAAGAUCGCCCUGCUGAAGCGCUCCUCAGAGAGCGAGCUGGAGAGGCAGAAGGGGCUGGUGGAGGACACCCUGCGGCAGCGGCGGCAAGUGGAGGAGGAGAUCCGCGCCCUCAAGGCCAGCUUCAGAGCCCUCAAGGCCAGCUUCGAGAGGGCCUCGGCCGGCAAGAGCGAGCUGGAGCGGGAGCUGAACCGCAUCCGCGGGGAGGCGGAGGAGGUGCAGCGCAGCCGGGAGCAGGCGGAGCGCGAGGCCGAGCGGCAGCGGGCGCUGGCGCUGGAGGAGGAGGGCCGGCGGCGCGAGGCCGAGGAGAAGGUGCAGGCCAUCCUGGCGGCCGAGGAGGAGGCCGGGCGGCAGCGGCGGCGGGGGGGGGGGGGGGGGGGGGGGGGGGGGGGGGGGGGGGGGGGGGGGGGGCGGGUGCAGGCGGAGCAGGCGGCCCUGCGGCAGAAGCAGCUGGCCGACGCCGAGAUGGAGAAGCACAAGAAGUUCGCCGAGCAGACGCUGCGGCAGAAGGCGCAGGUGGAGCAGGAGCUGACCAAGGUGAAGCUGCAGCUGGAUGAGACCGACCACCAGAAGGGCAUCCUGGACGAGGAGCUGCAGAGGCUGAAGGAGGAGGUGACCGACGCCGUCCGGCAGAAGGCCCAAGUGGAGGAGGAGCUCUUCAAGGUCCGGGUGCAGAUGGAGGAGCUGGCCAAGCUGAAGAGCCGCAUUGAGGAGGAGAACAAGGCGCUGAUCCUCAAGGACAAGGACAACACGCAGAAGUUCCUGGCGGAGGAGGCGGAGAAGAUGAAGCAGGUGGCGGAGGAGGUGGCCCGGCUGAGCGUGGAGGCGCAGGAGGCCGCCCGCAUGCGGCAGCUGGCCGAGGACGACCUGGCGCAGCAGCGGGCGCUGGCGGAGAAGAUGCUGAAGGAGAAGAUGCAGGCGGUGCAGGAGGCGACGCGGCUGCGGGCUGAGGCCGAAAUGCUGCAGAAGCAGAAGGAUCUGGCGCAGGAGCACGCCAAGAAGCUGCAGGAGGACAAGGAGCAGAUGCAGCAGCGCCUGGCCGAGGAGACCGAGGGCUUCCAGAAGACGCUGGAGGCCGAGCGCCGGCGGCAGCUGGACAUCACGGCCGAGGCCGAGCGCCUCAAGCUGCAAGUGGCCGAGAUGAGCAUGGCCCAGGCCAAGGCUGAGGAGGAAGCCAAGCGGUUCAAGAAGCAGGCGGAGGAGAUCAGCGAGAGGCUGCACGAGACUGAGCUGGCCACGCAGGAGAAGAUGACGAUGGUGCACACCCUGGAGAUCCAGCGGCACCAGAGCGACGAGGACGCGGAAAAGCUGCGGAAGGCCAUCGCCGACCUGGAGAAGGAGAAGGAGAAGCUGAAGCAGGAGGCGGCGCUGCUGCAGCAGAAGGCAGAGGAGAUGCAGGUGGCCCAGCAGGCUCAGCUCCGUCAGGAGACGCAGCUCCUCCAGCAGAGCUUCCUGACGGAGAAAGAUGCCCUGCUGCAGAAGGAGAAGUUCAUUGAGGAGGAGAAAUCGAAGCUGGAGAAGCUCUUUAAGGAUGAGGUGAACAAAGCCCAGAACCUGAAGGCAGAGCAGGAGCGGCAGCAGCAGGAGAUGGAGCAGGAGAAGCAGCAGUUGAAAGCUAUGUUAGACGAAGCCAAGAAGCAUCAGAAGGAAGCUGAGGAAAACGUCCGGCACAAGCAGGAGGAGCUACAGCAGCUGGAGAGGCAGCGACAGCAGCAGGAGAAACUUCUGGAAGAAGAGAACAAGAAGCUGAGGGAGAGGCUGGAGCAGAUGCAGGAGGAGUACAAGGCUGCCCUGGCCCAGAGACGGGAGAUCAUGAUCCAGACCGACGACCUGCCCGGGGAGGCGGUUACGACGACGCAGCUGCUGGACAUCAAGGCUGUGCCCAACGGCCGGGAUGCAAUGGACGGCUUAGCCCAGAACGGGGAGCCGGAGUUCGCCUUUGACGGCAUCCGGCAGAAGGUGUCAGCAGAGAAGCUGGCUGAUGCCGGCAUUCUGAGCAGAGAGAGCUUAGACAAGUUGGCGAAGGGUGUUGUGAGCGUGGGCGAGCUCUCUCAGAGGGAGGAUGUCAGGAAGUACCUGCAGGGCAAGAGCAGCAUUGCUGGCUUGCUGAUCAAGCCCUCCAACCAGAAGAUGAGCAUCUACGAAGCCAUGAAGAAGAAGCUGCUCAGCCCAGGCACGGCGCUGGUGCUCCUGGAGGCACAGGCUGCUUCUGGCUUCAUCAUCGACCCGGUGCGCAACGUGAGGCUCUCGGUGAACGAGGCGGUGCGGGAAGGAGUGAUCGGGCCGGAGCUGCACAACAAGAUGCUGUCGGCCGAGCGCGCUGUCACCGGCUACAAGGACCCCUACACGGGUGACAAGAUCUCCCUGUUCCAGGCCAUGCAGAAGGAUCUCAUCGUCAGGGACCACGGCAUCCGCCUGCUGGAGGCCCAGAUCGCCACCGGCGGCAUCAUCGACCCCGUGCACAGCCACCGCCUGCCCGUGGAGGUGGCCUACGAGCGCGGCUACUUCAACCAGGAGAUGAACCAGAUCCUGUCUGACCCCGGCGACGACACCAAGGGCUUCUUCGACCCCAACACCCAUGAGAACCUGACGUACCUGCAGCUCAUGGAGCGGUGCGUGACUGACCCGGACACGGGGCUGUGCCUCCUGCCACUCACUGACCAAGCAGCCAAAUCUCGAGAGCUGGUCUACACUGACAAGGAAGCCAAGGAUGUCUUCAAGAAGGCCACAGUGACAGCGCCGUUCGGCAAGUUCCAAGGGAAGACGAUGACCAUCUGGGAGCUCAUCAACUCCGAAUACUUCACCGAGGACCAAAGGCGGGACCUGAUCCAGCAGUACAGGACUGGCAAGAUCACGGUGGAGAAGAUCAUCAAGAUCGUCAUCACGGUUGUGGAGGAAAGCGAGAAAAAGGGCCAGAUGUGCUUUGAGGGCCUGCGGGGCCCUGUGCCCGCUGCCGAGCUGCUCGAGAGCAAGAUCAUCAACAAGGACCUCUACAACCAGCUGCACCAGGGCAAGAAGUCUGUAAAGGAGGUGGCAGAGAUGGAUUCCGUACGGCAGUACCUGAAGGGCACAGAUGCCAUCGCCGGCGUCCUGGUGGAGUCCACGGGCCAGAAGCUCAGCUUCUACGAGGCCCUGAAGAGAAACCUGCUGAAGCCAGAGGUUGCCCUGUCCCUGCUGGAGGCUCAAGCUGCCACCGGCUACAUCAUUGACCCCGUGGGCAACAAGCUCUUCUCUGUGGAUGAGGCAGUGAAGGCCGAGGUGGUGGGGCCAGAGUUCCACGAGAAGCUGCUGUCGGCAGAGAAGGCAGUGACUGGCUACAAGGAUCCCUACACGGGUCAGACGGUUUCCCUCUACCAAGCGCUCCAGAAGGGCCUCAUCCCCAGCGACACCGGGCUGCGGCUGCUGGACGUCCAGCUCGCCACUGGUGGCAUCAUCGACCCUGUCAACAGCCACCGGCUCCCGCUUGAGGUCGCCUACAAGCGCGGCUACUUCGACCCAGAGAUAAACAAAGCUCUGGCCGAGUUCCGAGACGAUGCCAGGGCUUUCUACUGUCCCAACACCCAGGAGCACCUCGCCUAUGCCCAGCUGCAGAAGACUUGCCACCGCGACAAGCACACUGGCCUGUGCCUGCUGCCCCUGUCCGACGAGGCGAUCCAGUCCCAGCAGGAGGAGGUCUACACCGACAGCCAGGCCAAGGAGUGCUUUGACAAAGCCACCAUCGAGGUCCCGGUGGGUAGCAUGAAGGGCCAGACAAUGACCAUAUGGGAACUGAUCCACUCUGAAUACUUCACCGAGGAACACAGGCGCGAGCUGCUCCGGCAGUACAAGACUGGCAAAGUGACAAUCGAGAAGAUCAUCAAGAUUGUGAUCACCAUCAUCGAGGAGGCAGAGACCAAAAAGCAGGAGAAGCUGACGUUCAGUGGUCUGCGGGCACCGGUGCCAGCCAGCGAGCUGCUGGAGUCCCGCAUCAUCAGCAAAACCCAGUACGAGCAGCUGAAGGAAGGCAAGAAAUCGGUGAAGGACCUCUCUGAGACCGACGCGGUGAGGAGAUUCCUGCAUGGCAGUGACUGCAUUGCCGGUGUCUACGUGGAGGCCACCAAGGAGAAGCUGAACAUCUAUGAGGCCAUGAAGAGGAACCUGCUGAGGCCCAGCACUGCCGUGGUCCUCCUGGAAGCCCAGGCAGCCACUGGGUUCCUGAUCGACCCCGUGAAGAACCGCAAGCUGUACGUCAACGAGGCGGUGAAGGCCGGCAUCGUCGGGCCUGAGCUGCACGAGAAGCUGCUGUCGGCUGAGAAGGCUGUCACGGGCUACAAGGAUCCCUACUCGGGCGAUACCAUCUCCCUGUUCCAGGCCAUGAAGAAAGGGCUGAUCGUCAAGGAGCACGGCAUCCGCCUGCUGGAGGCCCAGAUCGCCACCGGCGGCAUCAUCGACCCCGUGCACAGCCACCGCCUGCCCGUGGAGGUGGCCUACAAGCGCGGCUACUUGGACGAGGAGAUGAACCGGACCCUCUCCGACCCCACUGAUGACACCAAGGGCUUCUUCGACCCCAACACUCAGGAGAACCUCACCUACGUGCAGCUGAAGGAGAGGUGCAUCGAGGAUCCCGAAACGGGCCUGUACCUGCUGCCUCUGCGGGAGCCCGAGAAGCCGAAGGUGGUGGAAACCACUCACAUGUACACGGAAGCAGAGACGCGGAAGGUGUUUGAGGAGACGCAGGUGGACAUCCCCGUGGGCAGCCGGGCGGGCUCCUCCAUGUCGCUGUGGGAGAUCAUGCACUCGGACCUGCUGCCCGAGGAGCAGCGCAAACAUCUCAUGGAGGAGUUCCAGUCGGGCCGCGUGUCCAAGGAGCGCAUGAUCAUCAUCAUCAUCGAGAUCAUCGAGAAGACCGAGAUCAUUCGGCAGCAGAAUCUCACGUCCUACGACUACAUCCGGCGCCGCAUCACAGCCGAGGACCUCUACGAGGCCAAGAUUAUCUCACAGGACAUCUACAACCUGCUGAAACAGGGCUCCAAAACCUUCCGGGAGCUCCUGGACGUGGAGACCGUCUGGAAGUACCUUUACGGGUCGGGCUGCGUGGCUGGCAUCUACAUCCCCUCCUCCAAGCAGACGCUCAGUGUCUACCAGGCGCUGAAGAAGGGGCUCAUCAACCCCGAAGUGGCCCGCUCCCUCCUGGAGGCCCAGGCAGCCACCGGUUUCAUGAUCGACCCCACGAAGAAUGAAAUGCUGACCGUGGACGAGGCGGUCAGGAAGGGCGUGGUGGGGCCGGAGAUCCACGACCGGCUCCUGUCCGCAGAGAGGGCCGUGACCGGCUACAGAGACCCGUACAGCGAACAGAAGAUUUCCCUCUUCCAGGCCAUGAAGAAGGAUCUCAUUCCCAGCGAAGAGGCCCUCAAACUCCUGGACGCCCAGAUCGCCACCGGCGGCGUGAUUGACCCACACCUGGGCUUCCACCUGCCGCUGGAGGUGGCCUACCAGCGGGGCUUCAUCAACAAGGAGACGUACGACAUGCUGUCGGAGCCCAGCGAGGUGCGCAGCUACGUGGACCCCUCCACAGACGAGAAGCUCAGCUACACGCAGCUGCUGCGGCGCUGCCGCAAGGACGAGAGCUCCGGGCUCCUGCUGCUCCCGCUCUGCGACACGCGGAAGCUCACGUUCCGCGGGCUGCGGAAGCAGAUCACCGUGGAGGAGCUGGUCCUUUCGCAGGUGAUGGACGAAGCCACAGCCCAGCGCCUCCAGGAGGGCCUCACCUCUGUUGAGGAGGUCUCCAAGAACCUGAAGAAGUUCCUGGAGGGCACCAGCUGCAUCGCUGGUGUGUUCGUGGACUCCACAAAGGAGCGUCUGUCCAUCUACCAGGCCAUGAAGAAGGGGAUCAUCCGGCCUGGCACUGCCUUCGAGCUCCUGGAGGCGCAGGCGGCCACAGGCUACGUGAUUGACCCCAUCAAGGGCCUCAAGCUGACGGUGGAGGAAGCCGUGCGCAUGGGCAUCGUGGGCCCCGAGUUCAAGGACAAGCUGCUCUCUGCCGAGAGGGCUGUCACCGGCUACCGGGACCCCUACACCGGCAAGCUCAUCUCGCUCUUCCAGGCUAUGAAGAAGGGUCUGAUCCUGAAGGACCACGGGAUCCGCCUGCUGGAGGCACAGAUCGCCACCGGCGGCAUCAUUGACCCCGAGGAGAGCCACCGCCUGCCCGUGGAGGUGGCCUACAAGAGGGGCCUCUUCGAUGAGGAGAUGAACGAGAUCCUGCUGGACCCCAGCGACGACACCAAGGGCUUCUUCGACCCCAACACGGAGGAGAACCUCACCUACCUGCAGCUCAUGGAGCGGUGCAUCACAGACCCAGAGACUGGCCUCUGCCUCCUGCCUCUGAAGGAGAAGAAGCGCGAGAGGAAAACCUCAUCCAAGUCCUCUGUCCGCAAGCGCCGGGUGGUGAUCGUUGACCCGGAGACAGGCAAGGAGAUGUCCGUGUACGAAGCCUAUCGCAAGGGCCUCAUCGACCACCAGACUUACCUGGAGCUGUCAGAGCAGGAGUGCGAGUGGGAGGAGAUCACCACCUCCUCCUCCGAUGGCGUGGUGAAGUCAAUGAUCAUCGACAGGCGCUCGGGGCGCCAGUACGACAUCGACGAUGCCAUUGGCAAGGGGCUGAUUGACCAGUCGGCCCUGGACCAGUACCGCUCGGGCACCCUCUCCAUCACCGAGUUUGCCGACAUGCUCUCUGGCAACAUGGGUGGCUUCCGGUCACGGUCGUCCUCAGUCGGAUCCUCCUCCUCCUACACUGUCAGCCCAGCUCUGUCGCGGACCCAGAUCUCCAUGUGGACUGACCCAACUGAAGAGACCGGGCCGGUGGCGGGAAUCCUGGACACGGACACUCUGGAGAAGGUGUCCAUCACGGAGGCCAUGCGCCGCAACCUGGUGGACAACAUCACGGGGCAGCGGCUGCUGGAAGCCCAGGCCUGCACCGGCGGCAUCAUCGACCCCAACACCGGUGACAAGUGCACCGUCGCCGACGCGGUCACCAAGGGCCUGGUUGACAAGAUCAUGGUGGACCGCAUCAACCUGGCGCAGAAGGCCUUCUACGGCUUCGAGGACCCGCGGACCAAGACGAAGAUGUCGGCGGCGCAGGCUCUGAAGAAGGGCUGGCUGUACUACGAGGCCGGGCAGCGGUUCCUGGAGGUGCAGUACUUGACGGGGGGCCUGAUCGAGCCCGACGCCCCGGGCCGCGUCUCCCUGGACGAGGCGCUGCAGAAGGGCACCAUCGACGCACGGACUGCCCAGAAGCUGCGCGAUGUCAACACCUAUUCCAAGUACCUCACCUGCCCUAAGACCAAGCUCAAGAUCUCCUACAAGGACGCCAUGGACCGGAGCAUGAUCGAGGACGGGACCGGCCUGCGGCUGCUGGAGGCCUCCUCCCAGUCCAGCAAGGGCUACUACAGCCCCUACAACAUCAGCAGCGCCGGCUCCGCCUCGGGAUCGCGCUCGGGCUCCCGCACCGGCUCCCGUGCAGGCUCCCGGCGCGGCAGCUUCGACGCCACAGGCUCCAGCUUCUCCAUGACCUUCUCUUCCUCCUCCUACUCCUCCUCGAGUUUCGGGCGCAGAUACGCGGGUGUUACCCAGGGCAUCGUGGAGGUGGCUGCCCUCGCCCUCGCCCCGGCCGCAUCCAGAAGCUGCGGGUGGGAGGCGAGCAGGGAGUGCCCCGGGCUGUGCGAGCCCCUGCUCCACGCGGCCUGAGGGCUGCCAGCCCCCCGAGGCGCCGCCUCACCCGCUCCGCAUGUGGCAACGCUGCUGGCUAAUCACUAGUAUUUUUUUUUUUUAAUUUUGAACCUCCACUCUUCUCCCAAAGCAGUGCCUCAAGUUUAACCAAAAAAAAAAAAAAAGACAA